AUGCACGCUAGGGACGUGUUUUUCCCGCGCAGCUGCAGCCACCUAUCCUGCGCGUUCAACACCAGCGGGGAGCUGCGAGUGGCGAUGGCCGCGGCGGACCGGCUGCUAUUUUUGAGGGAGGGGACGCUUUGCGCAUCUGGGCCGCUUUUCGACGACCAAAAGGAGCGGCCGGCGGGGAUGGCUGGCCCUGCGGCGAACGCAGCCCUGCGCCAGCUGCGCUUCUGCCACUUCGGCGACGACAUCCGCGUGGCGGUGGUGGCGGCGAAGGGGGUGACCAUUGUGGACGUCCGCGAGGACGACAUGCGGCUGCGCUACAGACCCGUCCUUAAGGGCGGCCACUUCGGCGCCACUCUGGAGGGGCGGGGCGCGGCGUCCGCCGCGCUGCAGGAGGCACCCGCGCCGCCCUCCCCUGCGCCACGGUGGCUCACCGGGUGGGAGACGUCCGUGCGCCACGAGGGGGUGCGUGAGGCGGUGGACGCGGAGUUCGUUGCGGUCGACUCCCUCGCCGUCGUCUUCAGCGACGGGGCGGUGGUCGUCGACGUGGGCGCGGACGGCGACACGGUGAAGUGGCGCAUGUGGGGCUCCUACAGCGCCGUGGCGGUGUGCCGCACGAACAUGCACCUGGCGUUUGCGUCGCACGCCGCCGCGGUGGCGGUGUUCCCGCUGAAGGUGCGUCCGCGGCGGUGCGCGUCGUCGUCGUCGUCGUCGUUGCCGCCGGAGGAGGAGGGGGAGCCGAGCCUUCUCUACUCGCCCACGCGCCGGAGGGCCUCUCUAGCCUCGAAGGAUUCGCUGCAGCGCGACAAGUUUGCGCUGCGCGGGGUGUCGGCGCGGCUGGGGGCCUGCAAAGUCGCCGCGAUCGAGUGGCACCGCAUCGCCAGCCACACCGUCCUCUGCGUCACCUGCGAGGACCCGCAAGACGGGCAGCUCUCUGUCGCCCUUUUCAGCGUGCAGUUCAUACCGGAGGUGAGCGGCGACCUCCGCGACUUGGCGCUGCGCCGCGCCGCCGACUUCGACGCCACGCAGUGCGGGGAGGGCGAUCACGCACUUCAGCUCGUGCUUUCCGAGACGGUCUCGCUGCGCGCGAUGUCGUCGUCGCUGCGCGCGCAGCUUGUGCCGAGCUUCUCACGCUCCCGCGACACCACCGCGCUGGGCAACAAGCUGGAGUUUCUCUGCUUCGACGAGGACGGCACGGUGCGCACCGUCUGCUACCGGUUUGGGCAGCAGAAGCAAGGGGGGUUUCCGAAGGAGCGCUCCGCCGGCCUGCGGGCCUCCAAACUGCUGCUUCCGCUACAGGAGAAAUACGGCCGCCUUGUUCGCGUGGAGGCGCUGCCCGUCUGGAAAUCCCGCGCGGUUGAGUUUGGCGCCUUUACGCCGCAGGCCGAGCAGCUCCUGCGGGCGCGUAGGUAUCGCCUGCUGGUGCACUUUGCCAACGGCAUGGUAGCGAAGGUGAUGCUCGACUUCCUGACGCGGGCGGUGCGGGUGGAGGCGUUUCUGACUCUCGGUGUGGACCCGCCGCCGCUGCAGCUCCGCACCGCGCGGGGCGCCGAGGGGGCGGUGCUGCUCUUGGGCCUCACCCCCGAGCGCGCGUUCGUCAUUGAGCAGGUGACGCGGAGCCACGGCGUCGCCGAGGCCACGGUGCUGGCAGCGUCGCCCAUCCCUGUGGAGUACCGCCGACGCAUGCAGGCGCCGCAGGCGGACGCCGCGGCAGAGGCGGUCAGGCUUUUCGUGGAGGUGAAGUGCCCCGAGAAGGCGCGCAUGCUUCCUGCGCUGCUGAAGGCCUGCGGCGGGGACGCAGGGCGGCUGCUAACGCAACUGGCGGCAAGGUACGGCCCACUCGACGCGCCCGGUGCCGCGCCGCAGGGGGAGGCCCAUGACGUCGGCGCUCCCGGCGGCGUGUUGGACGCCCACGCGAGUUCGUCCCCCUCGCCGCCGCCGCCGCUGCAGACGGGGUUUGGGCUGCAGCAGGUGCAGACCACCGCAGAGGGUGUCUGCUGCUCCACACGGUACGCAAUCAACGACAGAGAGGCGUGGUGGUGCAUCCCCGCCGCCCUCCUCGAGAGCUUUGCGGCGGCGCAAAGCGAGCUGCUCCUGCCCGCGGCGCGAAUCCCUGCGACGUCGCCGCUGCGCUCGUUAGCGGCCGCCCCCGCUGAGGCACGACGCCGCUGCCCCCAUGACGACGAGGUGACGUGCGAAUGGGUGGAGGGCGCCAACUGCGUCACGGUGCGGGCGGCCUUCCUUCCCGAUUCUCCUCCCUUGUCGUUUCAGCCCUUUGACGCCGCGCCGCGGUGCCGCGUGGAGGAGGCCAAGGCGGUGCGGCUCGCGAGCGCGGGCCUCGUUGUUGGCGUGCUGGGCGCUGUCCAUGGCGCGGCGGGGGGGCGGGUGCUGUGGCUCUACGCACUGGAUCUGCUCCGCGACCUCGCGGCGCCACCCGCCUUCGUCGCGGAGCUGCGGCUUGACGACGUGCUGGCGUUCGCGCUGAGCCGCAACGCCGGCGCCUUCACGCUGCGCCGCCACGGCAGCACGAUCGAGCGCUGGGUUCGGGCGCCGACGGGCGGGCCUUGCUGGAUUCGGGCGGCGGCGCCGCAGGAGGCCGGCUGGCGCGGCGAAAUCGCGGCGAUGGCCCCGGUCUGGGCGGGGGACGCCGCGGGUGCCGGCGGCGGGGGCGCGCGCGUCGCGCAGCUGCUGUUUUCCCCCGUCGACGGCGCCUUCAUUCACGCCUGGAGCCCCGCGCCCGCUGCCACGCCGCCCCGCAGCUCCGACGACGACGACGACGACGGCGCGAAUCCCUGCGACGACGCCGGCCGGGAGGCGGCCGCGGCGGUGUAUCACCCCACGAUGCUGCUGGCGCUUCUUGGGAUGGGGCGGUGGCGGGCGGCGCGGUCUAUACUGGCGGACGUGCUGCAGCUCGCCCGUGCGGCGACGGCCGGCGGGGGCGCUGCCGCAGACGAGACCACCACCGCCACCACUAACGACAGCAACGUCAAUAGCAGCGGCAACAACAACCCUCGCGUGUUGGCGCAGGCGCUGUGCCGCAAUCCUGUGAGCGCCCGGCUCUGCGAGCGGCCUUCCGUGGCGCACGCGGACUUGGACACCGCCCUCGCCCUCGCCGACGUCGCGCUUGACCGCAGCGCGCAGAUGCGGCGUCUCUUGGAACUGGAUGAGCGAAGCCCGGAGAACGCGCUGCUUGGCAGCGAAUUCGCGGCAGACAUGCUCGAGCAGGUCAUGGAGCAGCUUGCCUUGGUGCGGCUGCGCGGGCUCAGCAGCCAGGAGCAGCUUGGCCUCUUCUGCAUCGUGGAUGCCAUGCGGGCCGUGAGGCUGUCGAAAGUUGGCAUGGACGCCGCGGCGGCAAAGUCCUUUUUUCUGCACAAACUGCACCAACUCCGUCGACGCCUUGGCGUGCAUGAGGCGCCGACCAGCAGCCUCCUCAACCCCCACAGCGCAUUCCUCUGGGCGGCCCUCUCCGACGCGCAGCCGCAGCUGCUGGACGAGCUCCUCGGCGGGGCUGCCGCGAAGGCUGCUGUGCCGUGGGCCGAGGUGGAGGCUGCCGGCGUGCCGUUUUGGCUGCAGUCGCUGCUGGGGCUGCGGGGCCUGGCGGAGAGACUGGCGCGGGGCCAGUACCAGGCAACGAAGGAUGUGCGCGAGUGCGCCCUCAUGUACGUUCUCGCCGGCAAGGUGGGCGUACUCGCGGCCCUCUGCAAGGCGGAGCGGAACGCGAAGCUGCACGCCUUCUUCCUGCGCGACUUCAACGAGGCAAAUAAUAAGGCGGCCGCCUCCAGCAACGCGUUCGCGGCCGUGAGCAAGAAUAUGGUGUCGUACGGCGCCGCCUUUUUUCUCCUCGCCGGGGAGCCUCGGAACGCGGCGCAGGUGCUGCUGCAGCGACAGGGCAGUGUUGCGCUCGCCCUGUUGGUUUUGCGUCUCGCCAGCAACGACGAUCGGGAGGACCUGCUCUGGUUCUUGGAGCAGCGCCGCCGCGAGGAGGCGGAGUAUGGGCCGGUGGACGUCUGGGAGGAGGCGUGCCUGCUCUGGCGCUGCGGCCGGACGCGGGAGGCGCGCCUGCUGCUCGCGCGUCACGUCCCGCGGAGUGCCGUGGAGGCUGCCGAGAUCGUCGGCCUGCUGCGCGGCGAGCGGCGGCGCGUGCGGGGCGAGGGGGGACUCACGCCGCUGCGCGAGCUGCUGCUGCUGAUGCACCUGACGCACCUCUCGGCGACCGCGGGGUUGCAGCUGCUGGCCAUCAUGAGCGGCCGCGAGGCGGAGGCGCUGCUGGCGCAGGUGCGAGGCGCAAAGACGGGGGAAGCGGCGCAGGCGGCGGCGCGACGCACCGUCGCCGCACGUACCGAGGCCGACUUCAACACCGGCACGCUGGCGUUCCGCGGCUUCGACUUGGACGACGACGACGACGACGACGCAGAGGAGGCCGGGGGCGGUGACAACUUCCCCAGGGGCAAGCAGUCGGCGGCGGCCGCCGAUGCACAACUGACUUCUGCGGCUGCAGCUGAGGCCGAUGCGGCAGACGCGGACCAGCUCGACGCGGUCGCGGCGGUGGCGCUGGAAAAGGAGCUGCAGUGGGCCCAGCACCGGCUUCUCAACGCGGUCGCGACGGAGGCCCCGGCGGAGCCGCGCGACGGCGGCAGGCGGGCGCUGCAUGCGUUUGUCGUCCGCACUGCUCGCUUGGUGGUGGACGCCGUCAGGCGUGCCCCCGUAGUCCUUGUGGAGGAUCGCCUGACGGGUUUCUUGGCGGCGCUGCAGGCGCUGCGUGGCGAGCCGUCGCCGGGGGAGCUGUUCCCGGCGCCUGCGCUGGGUGGCGUGGUGGCGCGCCUCGUCCUUGUCGCCGUGCGCCUGGUGUUGCUCUCCGUGGCGCUGCAGAACGCCGACUAUGCGCUGGCGACGGCCCUGCUGGGGUCCCCAACGGUGGUGAAUGCCCUUCACGAGCAGCACGCGGAGGCGGCGACGCUGGACUCCGUCCUGCCAUACGUGCGUGAGCUGCAGCUCGUCCUCAGCCGCGUACGGGCCAUGACGCUGGAGCAGCCCACGCACGAUGAGACGGAGGCGGCCGCAACCGCCUCGCCGUUUCAGGUAUUGUCGCACACGGACAGUGACGGCGACGCCGUGCUGCAGGCGAAGCUGCACGAGGAGCGGCUCCGCGCCCUGCUGCUUCUCUGGGCUGCCGCCUUUCUGCAGCUGUGUGCGCUGGGCGAGCUAAGGGAGGAGGUGCAUCGCAUGCGCGACGCCCUGGCGAGCCUCCCGCGGCCGCCGCAGUACGCCCAACUCCUGCCGUGGCUGCUCGGCUGCCUGCUUUGCCGCACCACGUUGGACUUCCACGCGGCUGCCUCGCAGCUGGUUGGCCACGUGGUGGCGGUGCGGCAGCUCGACGACAGCCUCCUCACGAACGCCAACGGCAUCUUCAUUGAGGAGGAGCAGGAGCUGCGUCGGGUGGCGGAGCUGCUCGAGAACAACCUCCUCGCGAGCACCGACGACGCCGAUUUGCCGCUUCCGCUGCAGACCGUCGCGCUGGACAUAUGCGUAGCCCGCGCGGAGUUAUUCUGGCAGCUCCCGUGCAUCACUGCGAAGUUCUCCGUCGACACCGACACAGUCGUGCGGCUCCUGCGGGAGGCGACGCGCCCGCACGCCACGGCCCACCUCCUCUACGACCAGCUGAGCGACGGCGCCGUGGCGACGCUGCGGAGCAUGGAGGUGGCGUGGCUGCGGCGCUCCCACACCCACGCGAGCUUCCGCGAGUUUAUGCUGGAGACCGGUCUCCGCGGGGGUUUGGCGCAGACCACCACGACCGACCGGCUGGUGCUGCAGCAGUCCUACUCCUCCAUCUGCUCCCUCGACUACGACCGCUCCAGCUGCGACAGCCUGGUGUGGGGCACCGACGCCGGCGCCGAGGUGGGCCACGGCUACCGCGAGAUACUGGCCGGCGACAACGAGGCCGCGUUCCUGCGGGAUAAGCCGGACCGCAACCUCGUGACGGCGGCCCUGUCAGCGGGGCCGCUGCGCGGGGGCGCGGGGCGGGGGCGGGGCGGCGGCCCCGCGGAACCCGAAGGCGCUGUCGCACCGACCCCGCUUCUCACACGCCGCCCACGCGCAGGUCGCCUCCCACCCCCACCUUCCCUUCUUCCUCACGCGCCACAUCGACGGGUGCGUGGACCUCUACUCCUUCACUUCCACCGAGUGCGUGGCGACGUUCCUCUGCCGCGGCAGUCACGUGGUGACGGACAUCGCCUACUCUCCCAACGGGUACGUCUUUGCGGCGGGCCUGGCAGACGGAAGCGUGGCCGUGUGGCGGUUUGA